AUGUUUCGCGUGUCCAAUCGACCGCUCACCGUGCUCGGCUUCUCGUUAUUGUUCCUCGCCACUUUCCCCCUGACAGAAGGACGCACGCGGAGGCAUCGAUCCCUGCACUCCUCCGAAGAGUGCAUGUCCACUUCUCCAUUGAUCGGCAAGGCGAACGCGCUUUUGUCGGCUCGAAAAGAGCAAGGCCGAUCAGUCGCCUACAUUGAGCCCGAUAACCAGCAUGCUUUCCGGGCUACCACCGAGUCAAGUGUAGCCGAUGAGCAAUGCAAUGUCGAUGGGAAAACUGAACAAGUACUUCCCGGUCAGCCAGUUCGCGAAAGAGCGCUGUGCCCGUUUCGACAUGUGCUAAACUAUGAUCCAAAGAGAGUACCAGCAAGUAUUGUCGAGGUCGAAUGUAUGUGUCUGAUGCCGCACAGUUCGAAGAAUCCGGAUCGAUUUUCAUCUAUUCGCUGUGAGCCGAUGUACUACUCGAUGCGGGUAUUACGAUUCGAUUCGGCUUGCACAAAUUUCGUCGAAGACACCCAACGAGUGGCAAUGGGAUGCACCGCCGUAUUCGCCAGUACAACCCGCGAUGGCACAGCGGCCACUACCGGAUUGCUGGCUCAAGGAGACAUGCCCGUU